AUGCCGUCCGCCAAAGAGCCGAGCAGUGGCCUCAAGGUAUUGAUGCUUCAUGGCUAUACUCAGAACGGGACCCUAUUCCAUGCCAAAACAAGAGCAAUGGAAAAGCAUUUGCAGAAAGUAUUUCCGGGCAUUUCAUUAAGCUACCCGACGGGUCCUCUGCAACUCAAACCAAGCGACGUUCCCGGCUUUGACUUAAGUUCAAGUGAAGAUCCAGACAGUAUUGAAGCUUAUGGCUGGUGGCGGCGGUCAGACACUUCCGAUCCACCUGAAUAUGUCGGUCUAGAGAAAGGGUUAGAGGCAAUCGCCCAAGUUCUCGAGUCAGAGGGGCCGUUCGAUGGUGUCAUCGGAUUCUCGCAGGGAGCAUGCCUAGCCGCCAUGGUCGCCUCGCUACUGGAGGGAGACUCCAGGAAACAAGCGUUCGGAAAAGCACGAGAGAGAUCCGCACUCGCAAUCCCAUAUCCGGCAUCCUUUGAGAGACUCAGUCACCCGCCACUCAAAUUUUGUGCCGCGUACUGUGGCUUUCGGGCGCCUGGUGAGAGAUAUCGUGGUUUCUACGAGGACCCCCAUAUUCAGACCCCAGUCUGUCACGUCAUUGGCAGUCUCGAUAGUGUCGUCGAAGAGUCGAGAACACAAGCACUGAUCGAUGCUACUGGCGGUGCAGAGAAGACACAAGUCGUGAUACAUCCUGGCGGACACUUUGUGCCGAGCGGGAAGCAAUAUCUAGACAUGAUUGCAGGGUUUAUCAAGCAGACCAUCUCAGCACAGGGAGAGGCCAGUGGAACGGAGGAGAAGGUGGAAGAUAUGGAUGUGCCGUUCUGA